AUGACUUACACCAUCACCGUUGUACCGGCAUCUACCCAGGCCGGAAGAGAAACCAUCAGGGUCCUUCUCGAAGACGAAUCACAACCGCUCAUCCGCGCCUUCUAUCGUGACUUGUCCAAGGCCCCCAUCGACUUCACCAACCACCCAAACUUCACCGGCAUCCAAGGCGACGUAUCGACCAGCCCUGAUCUCGACUUUGGCGGUUCAGACGCCGUGCUCUACAUCCCUCCGCCGCCUUACUACUCAGGCGAAACAGACACCGCCGAGUUUGCAACCGCAGCAGCGAACAAUGUGAAAGUCGCCCUUGACAGAGCGCCCUCAGUGAAGAGACUGCUUCUUUUCUCCUCCAUAGGAGCGGAACACGACCAUGGAAUUGGUAUCCUGAAAAUCAAUCACAUUUCAGACAAGAUCCUACAGGUGUCUGCACCCGAAGUAGCCAUCGUCAAGCCGGGAUACUUCCAAGAGAGCUGGACCCAACCUCUUGAGACAACCAAGGCCGAUCCUCCCGUGUUCCACUCUCCUUUGACGCCGAUUGACCACAAAAUUCCAAUGGUCAGUCUGCAAGAUAUAAGCCGAAUCUGCGCCCGCAAGCUGUUGGAUCUGUCCACGCCACUCCCGAAGCGGACCUUCGUCUUUGAGCUGUUCGGGCCUCGGCAUUACAGCACUGGGGAUGUUCAAGCUGCCAUGGAAGAGGUCAUGGGCAAAAAAGUCAAUACUGUUCUGUUCGAGAAAGACCAGCUCGCAGAGUACUGGACAGCUUACGGAAUACCAAAUUGCUACUUGGAGGAGAUGGGAGAAUUCACAUCCGCGGCACUGCCUGGCGGGGUCAUGGCGGACAAGUUCGACGGGGAUGAGAAUACUGUAUGGGGACAAGUGGAGCUUAUUGAUGUGUUGCGGAAGGCUUACGCAGCAUGA